AUGGAGACUGUCAAUGUGUGUGAUCCCGAGCACGAGCCUCCACACCAGUGUGCCCCAAGAGCUCUCUGCAUCCCAUUACCUGACGGUUACACCUGCCGUUGCCCUUUGGGCACCACAGGGAUCCACUGCAAGAAAGCUCUGACCAUCAGCGACCCCUCCUUCACAAGUAAUGAGUCCUCCUGGAUGGCGUUCUCUCCCUUUAACAUCCGCCACAAGGCCCACAUUAGGAUGCAGUUCCUUCCUCGGUCACCAGAUGGCAUCCUGUUCUACACUGCACAGCAUCUCAGCACUCAGUCGGGAGACUUCUUGAGCAUUGGACUGAUGCAUGGAUUUGUGCAGCUUCGUUACAAUUUAGGGGAUGCUACAAUUGUCUUGCACACAGCCAAAGCAGUGGACACAACUGGAAAAACCUGGCACUUAGUAGAAGCUGGCCGGACUGGAAACCAAGGAUACCUGGCACUGGACAGCAUCAGUGUGAUCAGACCCUCCAGUGUUGGCAUGACUGCGUUGGACACCAAAACUCUUUUCUUUGUGGGUGGAGUACCCAACUUGAACGAGAUCAAUCCAAUGGCAGUAGAGCAUGAACCCGUGGGCUUUGACGGUUGUGUCAGGGAAGUUGUGGUGAAUGAUUUUGAACUCAAAUUGACUGAGAAGGGGGCCAAAGAUGGAAGCAACGUUGGUGAUUGCGACGGAACAGCUUGUGGUUACAAAAUAUGUGAAAACGAGGGAAACUGCAGUUUGGACUCAGCAGGUAAUUUCUUCUGUACCUGCCCAUCUUUGUGGGUUGGCACCAAUUGUGAGAUAUCUGUGAUCUGCCUCAAUAAUCGGUGCAAACACGGGUCUCUCUGUAUUCCUAACCUCUCCUCUACAACGUACAGCUGUGCUUGUGCCUUAGGAUGGGAAGGGGUCCAUUGUGAGAACAAAACUGUGCUCACCACUGCAAAGUUUUCUGGCAACUCUUACGCCAAAUACAGUGACCCGUUGUACCUGAAGAGAGAUCUCCGCUUUACCUCCAUCUCUCUCAACUUCACCACUAGUCAGAAGGAAGGUCUGAUUUUAUGGAUGGGGAAAGCGGAGAAUGAAGACAACGAUUAUCUUACCGUUGGCAUCUCCAAUGGAUACCUCAAGAUCGGGGUAAACCUGGGGGAAAGAAUUAUUCUGCCAUUUGUCUUCAGAAACACCUCAGUCUGUUGUGACAACUGGCACUCUGUGUCUAUUCAUCAAAACCAGACUACCAUCACUGUGAAGCACAACAACAAGAGGAUACUUUACGAAGACUUGGAUCCACGGAGAAGAUAUGUUGCUUUGAAUUAUGGGGGAGUUUGCUACUUUGGUGGUUUUGAGCUCUCCAGGAAAGUGAAGACCGUCACGGCUGGACUCUUUACCCAAGGAUUAGUGGGCCGAAUUAAAGAUGUUUUUAUAUUUAAGGACCCAAGACAGGUCCUAUUUUCUCAUAACAUGGAAGGAUACAAUAUUUUAAAUGGAGAUGAAUAG